AUGGGGAGGAGUGGGGUUGCGGCGGCGUUGUACAAGGUUUCUGCAUGGGUGCGGCGGCGGCCGACGAAAGUGAAGGCAUUUAUGGCGGCGGCGUUUGGGCUGUGCGCGCUGGUGGCGCUGAAAAUGAUGGUUAAGGAUCACAGCCACUUCUUUAUCGCCUCCGAAGCGAUUCACUUUGUUGGGAUUUUGGUUCUGAUUUAUAAGCUCAACACUCUUAAAACUUGCUCCGGGCUCUCGUUGAAGACUCAAGACCUUACGGCGAUAUUCUUGACAGCAAGAUUGUUCUGUAGUUUUUCCAUGGAAAACGACAUCCACACUUUUCUCGAUUUCGCGACGCUCGCGUCGACAUUGUGGGUCAUAUACAUGAUGCGUUUCAAGUUGAAGUCAACCUACAUUGCGGAGCUCGACAACACUCCCUUGUAUUAUGUGGUGGUGCCUCCUGCUAUUAUAGCGAUAUUCAUCCAUCCAUAUACACACCAUGCACGUGCAGCCCGUGUUCUUUGGGCAUUUGCCGUGUAUUUGGAAUCCGUUUCGGUAUUGCCGCAGCUAAGGAUGAUGCAGAAAACUAAGAUGAUCGAACCGUUUACGGCCCACUACGUAUUCGCACUUGGCGUUGCAAGAUUUUUGGGAUGUGCUCACUGGAUCAUUCAGGUUUACGAUUCUGCUGGAAAGUACUUGUUUCUUGUUGGAGCGGGCUAUGUUUGGCUUCCAAUGGUUAUAUUGGCAGAAAUUGUUCAAACAUUCAUAUUAGCCGACUUUUGUUACUAUUAUGUCAAGGGAGUCAUGAGUGGUCAACUUAUAGUCAGCCUGCCUUCACAUGUUUGA